GUCCCUGGGUGGGGCUGGGACCCAGGUCAAGGGGCUGUGGCUGGGGCAGCCCAGGCAGGGGGGAGAAGGCUGGCAUAACCACAGCCUCCUCCACAGGGUCAGGAAGCCCCCCAUGUCUCCUGGGCACCCACGGGCAAAGGAUUCGUGGCGUCUGAGGAACCCCCAGGAAGAGGCUCCUUCCCCGCCUCGGACCCUACAGGGACUCCCCGUGCCCAAGGGAGGGCUCGAGGCCCCAACCCCCCCCCAUCAGAGGAGGAGGGUCCUGGGCCUUGGAGAGGCUUCCCAUCCACUGAUCCCUCCCUGGGCUCAGACUCCCAGAAUGUCAGGGCUGGAACCAACGAUCUCCUCUUGGCUUCUCCCACUCUCCGCCCUCAGCCCUAACGUAUAGCUGAGGCAGCUAAGGCCUGGAGAAAGGAAGGGAAUUGCCCGCUUCUGCGAGACUCACACUGGGGACCUCGGGACCUCCGAGAGCUCAACCUCGGACAGGGGCCCCAAAAGUCCACCGCCAAAAGACCUGAUAAACUCCAGAAGGACCUUCAUCCUCUUGCCACAUGGCAGAGAAGCCCCAGCCCUCAGACAGAUGAGGCCUCCUGUCAGUCAAAUGUUCUCUCUUGGCCUUCUACAGAUAACUGUAUGACUCUCAGCUUCAGGACUUCUUCAUCCUUCAGGACCAUUGCCUGUAAACAGAGUUCAUCAUUAUUUCAAUGGGGAAAAGACUUCCAGGUCCACUGAAAGUGAAAAAUCUCCAGAAGAUUUUUGGGGGCAGAUGUUUUAGUCUCAUGAAGAUGCCCAGAUCUUACAGGCUCACCUGCACUUCUGACAGUGAUUUUGGUAUAACCCUGAAGGAAAAGCUUAUUAAGUGACAUUCUUUUAAGCUUGAAAGGAAAAAUGUCAUUCCGUAAAGUGAACAUCAUCAUCCUAGUCCUUGCUGUUGUUCUCUUUUUACUAGUUUUGCAUCAUAAUUUCCUUGGUUUGAGUGAUUUGUUGAAGAGGGAGAUCUCAGAUCCAAAUCUUGUGGGAUUUCAGCCAUUAGCCUUUGUGCCUAAUGCUCCUGAAAGCUUGAUCUAUAGGAGUGAAGAGGAGAUUCCUGUAGUCAUUGCAGCAUCUGAAGACAGACUUGGGGGCACAAUUGCAGUGAUGAAUAGUAUUUACCAUAAUACCCACUCCAAUGUGGUUUUCUACAUUGUUACUUUGAAUGAUACUGCAGACCAUCUUAGAUCCUGGCUCAAUAGUGGCUCUCUGAAAAACAUCAAAUACAAAAUUGUGGAUUUUGACCCUCAACUUUUGGAAGGGAAAGUAAAGGUGGAUCCUAAACAGGUGGACUCCGUGAAGCCAUUAACCUUUGCAAGGUUCUACCUACCUAACUUGGUUCCAAAUGCAGAAAAGGCAAUAUAUGUGGAUGAUGAUGUAAUAGUACAAGGUGAUAUUCGUGCCCUUUAUAAUACACCUUUGAAGCCUGGGCAUGCAGCAGCUUUUUCAGAAGACUGUGAUUCAACUUCUGCGAAAGUUUUUGUCCAUGGAGCAGGGAAUCAGUAUAAUUAUAUUGGAUUUCUGGACUAUAAGAAAAAAAGGAUUCGAAAUCUGGCCAUGAAAGCUAGCACCUGCUCUUUUAAUCCUGGGGUUUUUGUCGCAAAUUUAACAGAAUGGAAACAACAAAACAUUACUUAUCAACUGGAAAAAUGGAUGAAACUUAAUGUAGAAGAAGAAUUAUACAGUAGAACACUAGCAGGCAGCAUUACAACACCCCCUCUACUUAUAGUGUUUUAUAAACAACAUUCAAAUAUUGACCCCAUGUGGAACGUCCGACACCUUGGCUCUAGUGCUGGAAAUCGAUAUUCACCUCAGUUUGUAAAGGCUGCCAAACUACUCCACUGGAACGGACACUUUAAGCCAUGGGGAAGAACUGCUUCCUAUGCUGACAUUUGGGAAAAAUGGUAUAUUCCAGAUCCAACAGGAAAAUUCAGCCUAAUCCGAAGACAUGUAGAAAUUGCAAAUGCAAAGUAAAAUAGAAUAUGGACUACCAUUAUUUUCUCAGGAAACACUGAAGGAAUAGUACUAGUUGGGAAAAUGUCUUCCAUGUGAUAUUGAGAACUUUUCUGUGUGCAACAUGGGAAAACCAACUUAGACUCAACUAUUAUGAAGUUUCUUGUAAACUCUCUCAACUAUAAUAUGAAAACCAAUUUACACCUGUCUUACUUGAGAAAAAGUAUUUUAAUAGUUAAUUUUUGUUGCUACUACAGAGAGAAUCUGUCCCACAGAAGUGAAUGGAAUACCUUCCCUAAGACUGAUGAGCCAUCUUGCAAUUAGUUAAAUGCUGUUUUUAUUCUACUCCUGUAACCUGUGGCUUCCUAUAUGACACUUUACUUUGCAUGAAACCCACUUGAAGCAUGUUUACAUUCUUUUAUAACUUAGUUUUUAGAAUACACUAGUUAUGAUUUCUUGUUCCUUUCAACAAGUUAUGUCUCCUAGUUUUGUUGACAUAGUUAGAAUUCCCCAGUACUAAAUCAUUAUUUAAAGAUGGUUUUUCAUCUUGUUCUAAUAAAUAAAAUCCAAGAACACAUUUACCUUCAAA